UUUUCUCUCCUUGAGUGCAACGGAUUAGGCCUUGGGGAAAUGCAAACACGCGGUGAUUUCUGUUAUCCUACCAUUAUUCAAUCCCGCUCAACGCAAUUCGAAUUCAUGUUAUGAAUUAUUAACAACAAAGUAUAUGUGGUUUUUCGUUUUGCAUAUGCAGGUAUCGACAAAAUGCUCUUCGCCGUCUGCACCGUUUUGUGGUCCCUCUUGCAAUCAACCUCAGCUCAUCUUUCCGAAGACGAUGCUACAUUGCGAACGCCUGAGAUUAUUACAAAAUAUGGGUAUCCUUUUGAAUCACACCAAGUUGUGACCAGCGAUGGAUACAUCUUGACACAUCAUCGAAUUCCCAGCAAUAGUACGAAAAAGGCUCCUAUAAUCCUCCACCACGGCUUACUUGGAUCAUCCGCGUACUGGAUUCUGAGACAACCAAAAUCUCUAGGUUUCAUGCUAUCCGAUGCUGGUUACGACGUGUGGUUGUUGAAUAAUCGUGGAAAUGAAUACUGUGAAAGACAUUCGCAUUAUAAUCCUCAGAGGGAUCGAAGAAGCUUCUGGAACUUCAGUUGGCACGAGAUCGGCGUGCACGAUCUUCCCGAGACGAUCGACUACAUACUUAACGUGACUGGUUCGAAGAGCCUCUACCACCUGGGACACUCGCAAGGCACGACUGUACUCCUGGUGAUGCUCUCCGAAAGGCCCGAAUACAAUUCCAAAGUGAAGAUGCAUAUCGGAUACGCACCGGUUGCUUACCACAAACACACCACGAGCUUCAUGUUCAGGGCUUUAGCUCCUAUAGAAGCAGUCGGAGGCUUGUCCGCUCUGAAGCUGUUCCUUGGCGAGUUCAACUUUGCACCGAGCACCGAAAUGCUUAGACAACUGGUUUCAUCUUCCUGCAAAGACAACGAUAAAACGCAGUUUCUCUGCUCCAAUAUCUUCUACAUGACGAUGGGCUUCAAUCCGAAACAGAUGAAUACCUCGAUGCUUCCCACAAUAUACGGCCACUUCCCUGUCGGCUCUUCUACCAAACAGUUGGCCCAUUACAUACAAGAAAUGAAUUCCGGUAGAUUCCGGAAGUUCGACUAUUACCUCUUCGAAAACCUGAAACGCUACAGUCAGAUCUCUCCACCGGAUUACAAGUUGGACAACGUGAAGAUUCCUUUCUACGAUUUUCAUGGAGGCAAAGAUGCUCUGGCCCAACCGCCCGAUGUCCUCCGGUUACACGGAAAUCUUCCUAACCUGAAGAAAUCCUUCUACAUUCCGGACUGGGCCCACAUGGAUUUCAUAUACGGCAUUGACGCCGAAAAGGAAAUUUAUUCGAAAACUUUUGACAUCCUCAACGGCCUAAUAUAACUUUAAUUACACAAAUUAAUAGACUAAAACAUUAACUAGUAUACAAUUAUUCACGUCUUUACAAAUGUUUAUAUAGAAUAUCGGAACAAAACAUUUUCAAAGCAGUAAAUUGGUAAAUUGGAAAUUUGUAAAUCAAGAACUCUCGGUUUUUAAAUUCAGUAUUUUAGACAACCAUAUUUUCAUGUAAAUAGCACCCAUUUUUUAAUUAUCUACUUAUCUUUAAAUUUGACC